AUGAGCCAAAGCAAUGAGGAAAAGACGGGCGGUCCGUCUCGAAAACCGCCUUCUUUGGUGCUUCCCACAAUCUCGUGUCCAUUGAUAUGCGAGCAGGGACCAUCAAUGCCAUCAUCACCAACCGCAGCAAACCCGAAUGAUCCGAUCACCGCAGAUUUGAUGACGAGAAUACAAAUGUUCACCUCUGCGUUGGACAGUGCUCGAUUGUCGCCAAACUACGCGACAUCGGAUCUCGGAUCGAGUGCUCGCUCGAGCUUCUCGACGGCCUCAUCUUGGAUGGCCUAUCGGGAUCGGAGUGUCGAUUUCGACGAAUCCGGCAAAGAAUUGAUAUCGCCGUUCGACUGUGAUACCGCAUGUUCCGUCUCGCCCUCAUACUCAUUAUCGCCCAAUUCGUUCAAUCGUUUCUCAUUCGACGCCAGAAGUGUCUCAUCGUUGUGUCAUAGCACCCAGAAUCUCAAUCAAUUGAUGCCUAUUGAUCCGAUAAUCCGAGAACGAAGUCGGUCCGAAAGUGAUAUGAUGCCGAAGGAUGACGAUUCGCCGCACAUUUCGAAUUCGACCUAUUCGGUUCCGUGCGCGACCUACACUAAAAAAUCGCCGAAAUUCAAUCAGGAAGGCAAACGAAGUAGCAGUACACCGCCACCAACGACAUCGGAACGCGAUGAAAUCGAAACGAAGCGAAGAGCCCGACAAGAGACGCUGGAUGAGACGAAUCUGCUUGUGAGCAAUUGGGCACGCGACCAAUUGUUCGCCCUGCAGACCGCCAACAUGUACAACCAAGUGGUCACCAGCAUUCUCGCGUCGCAGCCCGUCCCGAAGCCGAGCGAGCAUCCCGUCGAGCCGGCGGUUCUGUUGCCGAAGUCGAAGGACGACGACAAUCGAAUGCAGUACACGUGCACACUGUGCGGCCAGGCGUUCGCGGUGCACGAUCGGCUGGCGAAGCACAUCGCGUCGAGGCAUCGCCAGCGGUCGUGCACACUCGACGACGCUUCGAAGGUGCACAAAUGCAACAUGUGCUCGAAGAGCUUUUCGCGAAGCGACAUGCUCACGAGGCACAUUAGGCUGCACACCGGCGCCAAACCGUACAGUUGUCCGACGUGCUCGCAGGUCUUCUCGCGGUCCGAUCAUCUGUCCACCCAUCUGCGGACACACACCGGCGAAAAACCCUACGGAUGUCCGCUGUGCUCAUAUUCAGCGAGUCGUCGCGACAUGAUCUCCCGUCAUAUGCGCACCCAUUCGGCGACCGACGACGUCUCGACGCCGAUCGCGCAACUCUCAAUUCGCAGCCCAUCGACGUCGCCGCUUCCUCCGAAGGCGACAACGCCGACGACGAUCGGAUCCGGCGAGUUGUCGGCAUUCAAGCCGGUCCGCUCGUCGACCCAUUUGAUAGUGUCGUCGCCAAUCAACUCGCUGUCCCUUUCGACGCCUUCAUCGCCUUCUGCGUUCACUCUCAAUCGGACCAAUUCGUUCGAAAACACGUGA